AGCGCGGGCGCAGCCUCGCCAGCGUUCCUCGCCGAGACGAACAACCCGUACCUGGACCAGCGCGUCAGCAUAGCGUUCAUCGUGAUUGACACGGCGUUCCUGCUCCUGUUCUACGCGAGCCGGUACUACAAUCGCAAAGCUGUGGGGACGCAGAUGUUGGUGUGCAACACGCUGUGCUACGUGCUCUGUAUGGGGAGCGCGGCGACGGGCAUCUUGAUGACUCAAAUCGGCGGCGUAGGCCACCACGUCACCACCGUCAGCCCACACACCUUCCAAACCUGGCUGCAGCUCUCCAAAGUCCUCGAAUUCACCUACACCCCGGCCGUCAUGUUCGCCAAGCUCGCGGCUCUCUUCCUCUACCACCAAGUCUUCGAGGUGCCCCUCUACCGGCGCAUCAUCGUCGGCAUCGGCGCCGUCGUCGUCCUCCAGGGCGUCGUAGCCCUGAUCCUCGCAUUCUCGAUAUGCCGCCCGUUCCGCUACUUCUGGACGCAGGCGGUGGACGCAGACGACGGGACGUGCGGGGACGUCAUGCUGUUCUACAAGAGCUACAGCAUCCCGAGUCUGGUCACUGACGUCGCGAUGCUGGUGCUCCCGUGGCCGAUUCUGGCAAGACUAAACAUCCCCGUGAUGGAGAAGGUCGGGCUGGUGCUCACCUUCCUUGCCGCGUCGCUAGGCAUCAUCACCUGCACGCUCCGAUUCGUGACUUUCUUCACCACGCCCCUGUUUCAAGAUCCUACGUGGUACGCCUCGGGCGGGCCCAUGAUAUAUGCCCUCGUCGAACCGUCCAUCUACAUGAUCGCGAGCAUACUGCCCACCACGCGGCAUCUGUACCGCCGGCUCCGCAGCAGGGCGCGGCUGACGUCCACCGCGAAGAGCGACAGC